GCUAAAGAGCACAUCACACAUCUGAAGAGCAAAAGAAUGGACAACUCCAAAUAACAGCAUCAACCUUUUUUACAUUGCUUUGAAAUAUUUCAUUAUUUGUGGAGCCAAGUGAAGGAUUAGAAUUUUGGAGACGAAGAUUAUCCAGGUGAAGGACUGCGCCCUCUUUCCUCUUCAGAACGCCGAAGGAACUGCGCGCUCUGACAGCAGGGUUUGCUCACUGGCUGACUGCUGCAGUUGGACAGACAAUAACUGUGUCACAAAGACUGAAAUAAUCUCAAAAUGGAUCAUCAGGACCACAUGAAUUCUGGACAGGUGGGUGAUUCUCCUGACAUAGGCAACAUGAGCAUCAAUGAUGGCCAUCAACAAGACUUGAAGAACGGAACAGCAGCAUAUAUGGGACCUGGGGAUGAGAAGACACAUGAACCGAUGUCUGAAGUGACCAGCCAAAAGCCUGUUUUGGAAGACUCUGAACCCAAGUCUACUUCCUUUGAUAGAGAUGUACCAUUGGGUAUGAUCACUCUGAACUACAACAAAGAUUUAACCCCAGGAAGUCUGCCAGAGAGUGGCCGGAGCAGUGCGGCAUCAGUGGAUGAGGAGGGAGAGCAGGAGAACAGGGAAAGGGAGAAAUCUGUCAGCCCACACCAGUCCCCGCCGUCCCCACAUCCGCAGACCCUUUCCGCAGGGUUGGGAUCCGGGAUCAUGGGCUUUGACAGCCAAGUAAAGAAGAGUCCCUCAGAGAAGAUGUCUGAUCACAGUCCCAGUGGGCUUGAAGAUGAGAGAGAGGAGAAUGAAACAAAACGUUCUUGUUCUCCUGAUGUGGAUGCUCCUUCUGGAAAUGCUAUCAAUAUGGAAGAACAGAAAAAUGGUGUAGAUGAUUAUGAUGAAGACAAGGACAGAGAAGAUGUUGUGGAUGAUGAAGAAGAGAAAGAAACUGGAGAUAAUUUGGUAUGCAGUUCUGUUGCCCCAGGUGUGACAUAUCUAAAAGAUGAUCGAUUGUAUAGCGAACACGAAGCCCGUACUCAUCUGUCCAUGACCCCAGAGGAAGCUAAAAAGCGUGGCCUAUCCUUCGACUACACCGAACCUCAGGAUGCCGGUCAGCAGAGUGCCCUUGCGGGCUGGGAAUGCAGUUCUGACAAAACACCACCGGAAAGCAAGAGCCCCGACUCCUGUCGGGCAGAUCCAGGCUCUCCUCUUUCUCCCAGUGGUGCGCCCGAGCCCACCCAUGAGGAAUCAUCCCUCACAGACUUCGAUACCAAUGCCCGUAAGGAAGCAGUGAAAGUACCAGAAGAAGAAGAGGAUGAGAGCAGCAUUCCUCCAUGUUCCAAAGAGGCGGCACAACCCAAGAUGGAACAUGAAGCAGAUUCAGAGGAAAUCAGAGAAUCCAAAGAAGCAAAAGAGGACAAGCAAGAUAAAGCAGAGAAAUACUUGGAGACAAAUGAGGAUCUUAUUGAAAUGCAAAAUCUCCAGUCUGUUGCCAAACCAGAACCUGAUGCUGAUGCUGCUCCUGCUAAAGAUACUGUCAAGCCCAGCGCUCAAGUUAUGCCAAGCAAAGGAGCUCUCAUCAAAGAAUCACCUGCCAAAAAACCCAAGAAACCUGUUGCCACGGUCACUGCCACCCCUUCCCCCAAAUCUGCUCCAAAACUUCAGAAAACUCCCUCCAAAGAUGCUGCUCCGGCCAGAAAAUCAAGUGUCCCAUCCAAAGCCAAGACUGGAGCAGGAGGGGCUCCUGAGAAAAAGGUUGGCGAUGCCAGGACGAAGGCAAUAGGCAUUAAACCCCAAGGAGUAGGCACUAAAAUCCCAGCUGCUUUACGGAUGGAGCAUCGAAGGGCAGGACCAGGGUCCCUUGAGAGAGCUGACUCACCCAAGACCCCAGACCGCAGUGGUUGCAGCAGUCCAGCCAGUCGCUCCUCCACACCUGGACAACAGGUGAAGAAAGUAGCCGUGGUCCGCACCCCGCCUAAAUCGCCCGGUUCGCUGAGAUCCCGCGCCCCCAUCGCCCCUGUUGCACCUUUGCCUGACCUGAAGAACGUCAGGUCCAAGAUUGGCUCCACUGAGAACCUCAAACACCAGCCUGGAGGAGGGAAGAUUCAGAUUUUGCAUAAAAAGAUUGACUUAAGCAACGUCCAGUCAAAAUGUGGCUCUAAGGCCAACAUUCGUCACAAACCAGGAGGUGGAAAUGUGGAGAUCAAAUCUGAGAAAUUGGAUUUCAAAGCCCAGUCAAAAGUUGGAUCUCUUGAGAACAUUGGACAUGUUCCUGGGGGCGGUCAGAAGAGGAUUGAGAGCCAAAAGUUAAGUUUCCGCGAACAAGCCAAAGCCCGCACCGAUCACGGCGCCGAGAUCGUGUACCAACCCACCGAUGUUUCCAUGGACGGAUCACCCCGCCGUCUCAGCAACGUGUCUUCCUCCGGCAGCCUCAACAUGACCGAUCCGCCACAACUGUCUACGCUAGCUGAUCAGGUGUCAGCCUCCCUCGCUAAACAAGGCCUGUGAGCUGUUUCCCACCUCCCUCUAAAGGGUAGUGAUGUGUCAACGCAACAAAAUGUGUCAACAAUUGACUAAAAAAAGUUUUAAGUAUCUCCUUCAGUCCUUUCAAAUAAGGUGCUUGUCGGAUUCUCCUAACUAAAGGUUGUCCCGGUGGCUUGUCUGCUUAACAAUUUCUCCUUCUGGCAUGGAGCAACUGGUAUCGAUGUUAUUGGCUAUCAUUAAAAUAAUACCAAUUUGAGGUGGUGGUGUAUUGAUCCAAAUGGUCAUUUACAGCACUGAGUAACCAGAUUUUUUAAUUCCCCCGUUUUUUAAAAUAAACAAAGACGACGACAUUUGCUUAGAAAGCUGCAUUUGAUCGGUUGCCUUAUUGUGAAUGUUUUUUUAUUUACCAUAUCUUACGCAUUCCUGUUAUGACAUGCAGUGGUGGAGAAGGUUUGAAAAGGUGAAGUUCAUUAGGAAGAAGAACAAUUUUAAACACUCUUUGGUACAGCAGGAAAAAACAAGUUGGGGCAUUUGUUUCAUCAGGCUGUGAUGGACACACAAGUCAUACAUUCUGAAAGCAUAUCUGGACUUUAUGAAAAUAGACAGCCGAUUUGUUUUAACUAUAUAAUAAAUAACUGAAGAAAUUGAAAGCUUGGUACUAGAGUCUACCUGCAAAUUAAGAUUGUUUGGCAUCUCAAACUGAGAUUUGGUUUUAUAUUUAAAUGCUUCACAACAGCUUUUUAGCCCGGGACUUCAUUCCCCAUGAAUCCUGAACUUUGUGGAUAGUUGCAUUGCUUAAACGGAUUGUGCUUGGCCUCAAUUUACUAUUUUGACAAAUUAGAAAUAAACCAGUAAAAUAAUCAAAACCUUAUAAUGAAGAAGAACUGCUGGUUAAUUGAUAAGUGAUCUAAGGCUACAACAGAACCAAACCGAUACAUUCGUUGUGAAAUGAUGCAGGACACCCUGCCAAGCUUCUUCAGUUAUAAUACCUUAUUAUACCCAAACCACACUGCACAUUCCCAGCAUGCAAUGAACUUCACCAAGAUCUUGAACAUAACAAUUCACCAUAUCCCCGUUUCACUGUUUAGAGAACUCUGUACCUGUCUUUAAGGAGUGUUUAACUAGUUUUUAAAUAUUAAAAGAUAAUAAUAUCAAGCGUGAUAAUGAACAAAGCUACCUGCAAAAAAACACGUUUGUAAAUUGCACAUUAUUUCCUUAUAGUGUUGUGUGUACGAUUUUUGCUUAUUUGAAAGUGAACGCACUGAUCGGACAUUUUCCGCCAGGGAUCUGCCUCUAACUCAACUAGUCGUAAAUAUGUAUAUCUUGCAUUAAAAAAAGGGAAAUUAAUACACACGGAAAAUUGGAAACAUAUUUGUAAACGACUUGCCUAGCCCCACAUUAUCUCAGAUUGCUACAUGACAAGCUUCAGACGGACUGCUGUAAAUCCAACAGUGUCUCAAUACAGCAUGCUGCUAACAUAAACCAGAGAAUUUAGAUAUGUGGGUUAAGCCGACGAGUAGAUUUAACAGAUCAAAUGUUAAGGCCCUUGUAGCUAGCUGUAUUUCAAACGGUCCUGUAAUCUGUUAACCACUUCUCUCUUUCCCGAUGUUUCAUUUCCCGCCUCUGCUCUUUCAUCGCCUUCUAGCUUGACAGUUGUGAUUGUCCUUGUUGUAAUGUGUUUUAUUGGUUUAAACCGAUACUCCUUGCUGUAAACGUGAAUUUGGAAAUAAAGUCCGUAUUAAACUAC